AGGAGCUGCCUGUGCUCUGGAUAAAAAAGAUGAAUUCUAUCAAAUGAUCUCUACCUUUCAAGUUGGGAAUCAGAGGAAAGUUGGUUUCUGGCCUCCUAAGUAACAGUGAGAAUGUGCAUUGUCGGGGAGACCAGGUCCUGGAUUUGAAAGAACUCAGUUAAUCUAACAUAACAUAUAAAUAUAGCUUGCUCAAGAUUGCCGGGUGGCUGUCCAUCCUUCUGAGAGAUGAUGGGUUGCUGCUACAGUUCAGAGGAUGAGUGGCUUGAAAAUAUUGAAAUUUGUGAGAUUUGCCACUACCCAAUCGACCCAGAUACCAGGUCAGAGAGGCCGACUGCCAAUGGCUCCGAAGCUUGGAAUCCUCUGCUGUCUAAUGAAGCGGUUUCUCCUCCCAGUUCUCCUCUUCAAGAUAAUCUAGUGGUUGCAUUAUACGAUUACCAAUCAACCCAUGAUGGAGACUUGGUGCUUCGGAAAGGGGAACAGCUGCGGGUAUUGGAAGAGAAAGGAGAUUGGUGGAAAGCCCAGUCCCUCACUACAGGGCAGGUGGGCUUUAUUCCAAGCAACUUUGUUGUCAAACACAACAGCCUGGAACAAGAACCGUGGUUUUUCAAAGCGAUCAGCAGGAAGGAUGCUGAACGUCAGCUCCUGACGACCGGCAACACACAUGGUGCUUUUCUCAUCCGAGAAAGUGAAUCCACCAAAGGAUCCUUUUCCCUCUCUGUGCGGGACUUUGACCAGAACCAAGGGGAAGUAGUGAAGCAUUACAAGAUCCGCAACCUCGAUAAUGGUGGCUUCUACAUCUCCCCUCGCAUCCCUUUUGACAACCUGCACAAGCUGGUGGAGCAUUACACACAUCACACUGAUGGGCUGUGCACACUCCUUGCAAAACCCUGCCAGACCCAGAAGCCACAGAAGCCCUGGUGGCAGGAUGAAUGGGAGGUGCCUCGAGAGACUCUCAAACUGGUGGAGAAACUGGGAGCUGGACAGUUUGGAGAAGUCUGGAUGGGUUAUUAUAAUGGUCACACCAAAGUUGCUGUCAAGAGCCUGAAGCAAGGCAGCAUGUCCACUGAGGCCUUCCUUGCCGAAGCCAACCUAAUGAAGAAAUUACAGCAUCCACGGCUGGUGAGGCUGUAUGCUGUGGUGACCCAGAAGCCUGUGUACAUCAUAACAGAAUACAUGGAAAAAGGGAACUUGGUAGACUUUCUCAAGGAUGAACAAGGACUGCGGUUAACCAUUUAUGACCUCCUGGAUAAGGCAGCACAGGUAGCUGAAGGCAUGGCUUUCCUGGAGAAGAAAAAUUACAUCCACCGUGACCUGCGAGCUGCCAACAUCCUGGUGUCUGAGACCCUUUGCUGCAAGAUUGCUGAUUUUGGCCUGGCUCGUCUGAUAGAGGAUGAUGAGUAUACUGCUCAAGAAGGAGCAAAAUUCCCCAUUAAAUGGACAGCCCCAGAGGCUAUUAAUUAUGGGACGUUCACCAUAAAAGCAGAUGUUUGGUCAUUUGGGAUUCUGCUGACGGAGAUCAUCACCUACGGCCGGAUUCCUUAUCCAGGGAUGACCAACCCAGAAGUCAUCCAGAAACUGGAACAUGGGUACCGCAUGCCUGCACCCGAGAACUGCCCAGAUGAGUUGUAUCAGCUGAUGCUGCAGUGCUGGAAAGACAUCCCAGAACAGAGGCCCACCUUUGAAUACUUGAAGCAUGUCCUGGAGGACUUUUUCACAGCCACAGAGGGACAGUACGAGCACCAGGUGUGACUGUAACUCCAGAUGUACAACCUUGACCAAAACUCCCAACAUGUCAAUCCCUUCUUAAGACAUUUUGAAAUGAGGAGCAUGAAGCGCUGGCAUAGUCUGGAAAGGCUCAGUGCAGCUGGAUGCUACCCCCACUGAGCUGUGGAAGGUUUUCCCUUUAAACUCCUAUUCUGUUGGGUAGGCUGCAGAUACAUACAUCUGGGAGAUGAUUAUUCCCUCCAUUACCUCACGUAUUCCAAGACUGAGAAACAUGGUCCUGGGGCUAAGCUUGGCUCCAACCAAACCUGGCUUUAACUGCCUUAAUAGAUGCUUCAUCUUUAAACGAUCCAAGUCUGUUUGGACAAGGCCAUCUAGGGUUGCCUACUCCAGGUUGGGGGUGGAGCCUGCGGAGGGCAAGGUGUAUGGAGGAAAGAGACCUCCACAGGAUAUAAUGCUAUACAUAUAUAAUGCCACCCUCCAAAGCAGUCACUUUCUCCAGGGGAACGGAUCUCUGUAGCCUGGAAAUCAGUUGGAAUUCCGGGAGAUCUCUUGGCAUCAACUGGUAGUUGGCAACUCUGUCAGGGAUGGGAAUGCACACCCCAUAAUCCUAGAUGCAGCACUUUGUUAGAUUGUAAGCCCUUUGGGGCAAAGCCCCACCUUUGUUUUUUUGGGGUUUUGUUUUGCUUACGUUGCUCUGCAAAGCACCCUGUGCAAGGAUAAAUAUAAAUAAUCCAAGGCAAUAAUAACCAUUUUUAGUAGUGAGAAG